AUGCCCGAAACAAUCGAAUCCGCCCACGAAGCCGCCAUCGCCGCGGGCAAAAUCACUGGCGGGAUCAUCUGCGCCACAAACACAACGGGCUCAUUCACCUACAAGACCGCCAUCGGCACGCGGACGACCCUCUCGGGGACAACCCUCCCACUACAAACAAGCGACAUCUGCUUCCUCGCGUCCGCAACAAAAUUCCUCACCUCCGUCGCGGCCCUGCAAUGCGUCGAGGACGGCCUCCUCAGCCUAACCGGCGACCUAUCCAAACACGCGCCGGAACUUGCCGACAAAAAAGUCCUCGUGGGCUUCCACGAGGAGACGGGGGAACCCAUCCUCCAAGACCCGGUCCGACCCAUCACGCUGGAAAUGCUCCUCACGCACUCGUCGGGCCUGGUAUACCACUUCACGGACGCGAACAUCGCGCGCUGGCGCGAGGAGUUCAUCCCUGAUCGCGAGUCCCAGCAUGGCCUCGCCGUCGAAGACAUGUUCAACUACCCGCUCGCCUUCCACCCGGGCGACUCGUGGAUGUACGGGCCGGGACUCGACUGGGCGGGGCGGAUCAUCGAGCGGGCGACGGGGAUGUCGCUGCUGGAACGAAUGCAGGCGCGGAUAUUUACUCCGCUGGGUAUAUCAGAUGCACAAUUCUACCCCGUUACGCGCGCCGACCUUCGAGCGAACCUCAUCGAUCUGAACCCGGAUGACCCGCAGGCGUUGGGCCGCGCGGUGCUCGGUGGCGGCGGGGAGAUGAAUCUCCGGACGCACGGGGAUUUCGGCGGGCAUGGGCUAUUCACGUCUGCGGAGAGUUUUCUCAAGGUUUUGCAGUCGAUCCUUGCGGAUGAUGGCAGACUUUUAAAAUCUGGAACCGUUGACGAGAUCUUCACGGACCAUCUCUCCCCCUCUGCCGCAACGGGGCACCAAGCCGCCUUGAAAAGCCCGAUGGGCGCGUUCUUCCGCGUGGGGGUGGAUCCCGGUACGAAGAUGGGGUAUGGACUGGGCGGACUGCUUACUCUUGAAAGUGUGCCGGGGUGGUAUGGGGAGCGGACGUUGACGUGGGGCGGGGGGAUGACGCUCGCGUGGUUUAUUGAUCGGGUGAAUGGGCUUUGUGGGGUGGGUGCUGUGCAGGCGAAAUUGCCGUUUGAUGCGGGGGUUGCGGGGGAUUUGAAGCAGGUAUUUAGGAAGGAUGUGUAUCGCAAGUAUGAUGCUUGGAAGGGGACGGUAUAA